AUGAAUCAAGAUUUAUUACAGGUGUGGUUCAACAAUGUACCCCAUAUGCGCCUGGUUGAAGAUAAAGGAGGCCAAAAUUGGAUAUCAAGAAAAAACGAUAAAUUUAUAUUUCCAGGAGGUGGAACACAGUUUAUCCAUGGGGCAGAUCAGUACUUGGAUCAGAUUUCCAAUAUGGUCCCUGGCAUUGCAUUUGGGCAAAACACCCGAGUUGCCUUGGAUGUUGGUUGUGGAGUAGCAAGUUUUGGUGCCUACUUACUCAGUCGUAAUGCGACCACUCUUUCAAUAGCACCAAAAGAUGUUCAUGAGAACCAGAUUCAAUUUGCUCUCGAGCGAGGUGUGCCUGCCAUGGUGGCUGUAUUUGCAACACACCGUCUGUUGUAUCCUAGCCAGGCAUUUGACUUGAUACAUUGUUCAAGAUGCAAUAUUAACUGGGCUCGUGAUGAUGGAAUUUUGCUUCUUGAGGUCAACAGGAUGCUGAGGGCAGGGGCACACUUUGUUUGGGCAGCACAAUCUGUUUAUGAGCAUGAAGAUAACUCGCAAGAACAAUGGAAAGAAAUGGAGAACCUUUCUUGGCGUACGUUUAAUUUAGCAAUAAAGAGGGAAGGGUACAUUGCUAUAUGGAGGAAGCCUCUGGGCAACAACUGCUAUGUUAAUCGGCAUCCUCAAUUACAACCUCCUAUAUGUGAAGCCAAUGACGAUCCAGACAAUGUUUGGUAUGUCAGUCUGAAGGCAUGUAUCACUCCGUUACCGGAGAAUGGUUAUGGGGCUAAUGUUACUAGCUGGCCCACAAGCCUUCAUUAUCCACCAGACAGGCUACUUACCAUAAAAAUGGAUGCCUACAAUUCCCGAAAGGAAAUAUUCAGAGCAGAGUCAAAAUAUGGGAACGAUCUUGUAAAUGGUUAUGUUAAUGCCUUCAAUUGGAAAGACUUACACCUACGAAACGUGAUGGACAUGAAGGCUGGAUAUGGAGGGUUUGCUGCAGCAUUACAUGAUUAUGGGAUUGAUUGCUGGGUUAUGAAUGUUGUUCCUGUUAGUGGUUUCAAUACAUUGCCUGUUAUUUAUGACCGUGGGCUUGUAGGAGUUAUGCAUGACUGGUGUGAGCCAUUUGAUACUUACCCAAGAACAUAUGACCUGUUGAACGAAGCGGGACUCUUCUCUAUAGAGGAAAGGUACAAUUCUUGGUCUUUCUUGUUUGUAGUGCUUUAUUUCAUGCAUUAUACACCUUAUAUUUUUGGGAAGAACAUUACUUUAUGUAACACUAACUAAAAUUGAAGCCGAUGUAAUAUCU